AUGGAUAAGACAAAAAUGCAAGUUAUUUUCGAAUAUGAGUUCCGUCGUGAACUAAUGCAGCGCAGACAAGCCGAAAUGUUAACGAAGUAUUUUGAUCUUCAAAAUGAACCACGCGGGCGGCCUGAGAGCAAGGUGGAUGACAACCAACUGAAAGCUGUAGUAGAAGCAAAUCAAUCUGAAACGACGUGUGAAUUAGCAGCAAGGUAUGAAGUUACCAUCCCAACAAUAUUAAGUCACUUGAAAGCAAUCGGAAAAGUAAAGAAGCUAGAUUGGUGGGUUCCGCAUGAGUUGAACGAGCGUCAGCAACGGAACCGCUUCGAAGUUUGCUGUUCUUUGGUAUCAAGACUAAAAGGCGAUCCAUUUUUGCACCGGAUAGUCACGUGCGAUGAAAAGAGGAAACUUUUCGAUAAUCGCAAGCGUUCAGCACAAUGGUUGGACAAAGAUGGAGCGCCAAAACGGGUGUUAUACAAUAUAGUUUUAUGAGA